UAAAGUAUACAAACGCCCCCAUAAAUUAGUAUUCCUAAAUGAGUCACACCUUAAUAAAGUCGGUUCGUUUUAAAGUUCCCUAUCUUUUCGUAGGUUGGUUGAGGUUAAAAAGUUAACCGGGUGGUGAUAAAUAGGGUGACGUAAUAGCGCCGUCGACGUCGCGGCGCUGUCGUCGUCCAUGAUGAUGUCGUCCGUCUGUCGUCCGCGUUAACGUUUCGCGGAGGCAGAUCGCUAAAGAAGGUGUCCACGCACCGAGAAAGCGACGAUAUGAUUGUUUCGAGGGGGUGAUAACGGGCGAAAGAAAUUAAAGAGUGCCGCGGAAAAACAUGGUAGGAAUGGCGAGCAUGGACGACCACGAGAGAAAAAUCGUAAUGGAGUUCUGUCAUCUACUGGAAAAGUCGAAACAACUCUUCAACGGGUUAAGAGAUUUGCCACAGUAUGGCCACAAACAGUGGCAGGCUUAUUUUGGCAGAACUUUCGACAUAUACACGAAACUUUGGAAGUUUCAACAGCAACAUCGCCAAGUUUUGGAUAGUAAAUAUGGGUUGAAAAGGUGGCAGAUUGGCGAAAUUGCGUCUAAGAUUGGUCAACUUUACUACCAUUAUUAUUUAAGAACUAGUGAGACCAAUUAUUUGAAUGAAGCAUACUCGUUUUACGCAGCCAUAAGAGGUAGAGCUUAUUAUUCUCGAGCAGCAAAAGAAGAUAGAUCGGAACUUAUGGUAAAAAAAUUACGUUACUACGCUCGAUUUAUUGUAGUGUGUUUAUUACUACGAAGGAUGAAGCUCGUUCGAGAGUUAAUAAUCGAACUCGAUCGGCACAUAGCCGAUUACACGAGCACCUAUGAACCGGACGACCAAAUCGAAUGGAGCCUGGUGCUCGACGAGAUCAAAGCCUUUAUUAACGCAGAUUCCCUAGUUUCAGUUUUACAUCCCGAUACAAACCCGAUCGUUUUAUCCCAUAGGCUCAGUCCGCUCACUACACCGCCCGUUGAAAAAUCUCAGUUUAUGUCUUUGACGCUACAAGAAAUUUUAAUAGUCGGCAGCUCAUCGGAACAAGUUAAAUUUUCAGAGUUAACAAUGGAUAUGUUUAGGAUGAUACAAACGUUGGAAAGGGAGCCGCAAGAUGAUUAUAAUCAUAUUUAUGACGCGUCUCCUGCACCUGGAAGAGUCCCUUAUGGCGUUCCGGGAGCUAAAGGGUUUAUGGAAAACGGAGAGCGACCAUCAAGAAGAGAAAACCCUCACAAAUACUUGUUAUAUAAACCAACUUUAAGUCAAGUCUUAGUGUUUUUAGCGAGUGGUUUUAAAGAAUUACCAACGAACGGUGCUCUUCUUUUAUAUUUAUCCGCCGAUGGGUGCUUUUCGACUGUUAAACAUCCAGAAGAUAUGGGAUACGAUCUUGGAGGAGUCUUAACCAGCUCAAAACGCGAAGGCGAACAUAAAAAACAAAAAGAAGCCCAUUGUUUAUAUCCGGGUGAUUUAUACCCGUUCACCAGACGUCCUCUUUUCGUCAUCGUCGAUUCGGACAAUAGUUUUGUAUUUCAACACAUCCCAAGAUAUUUUGGCCAACCUUUAGUCACAUUGAUGUCACCUCAAGAUAUACCACCAGCAUUUCAAGAUCAACAGCAUAAUGGAUCUUUGUUCACUUUGUUCCUUCAUUCACCACUCACAGCAUUCUGUUACUGUUGCAACUUAACCAGUAUACCAAUCCAUCACUGGGAGAGAUGUCAAAGUUUCGUUGAUAGAUUCGUUACUGAAGCAUCAAGACUUUUUACAAGAUCUAGAGUUGGUGAGUAUGCUGAAGAAUCAUCGUAUCUUCAAUUCUUCGGUGACGAUUUCUUAAGAUUACUUCUUUUACGGUACGUAUUUUGCGACGUGGUGUUACACCUCCAUCGUGGGUUUCGGGGUCGCCAGUACAGGCCUCGGUGUCAACCGCCGCUACCGGAAGCGGAGCUCCUCGAGCAUCCGUCCUUACAACACCUGGUGCUGGAUCUGGCGGCUCACCUGGAGGUGCGAGCCCAUUUUAUGGAAAGCAACGAGAUCGACUGAUCCAGGGCUUCCUCCUCCCCGUCAAGGAGAAGGAGGAGGACCGUUGCCUCACAUCUUCUCCUCUGCGCGGUCGCGAUGCUCCUUUGGACUUACGGGGAUGCGCUGCGCCGCUUUUUUUGGACUGGCCCCGCGUUAGAACGGGGCAACCGCUCACAACAAGUUACGGCGCCUUCUAUUCAUACUCAUACUACGAAUCUCACCGCUAUUAAUAAUAAUAAUAAUAAUGAAAUGAUUAAUAAUACUAUUGCCGCUGAUACUACCGUAACUAUUUAUAAGACGAAAGUGAUAAUAGCCUCCUAUCCUCGUUCAAAGCUCGUUAUUAACGAAUAUAUCUUUACAUAACA